AAAUUGCAACGUAAUGGAGAAGAUUCAUCUACUCGUGGUACUUAGUCGCGAAGUGACUAAGCACUGACACUCUUCCUGCAUCGCCCUGACUGUCGACAUCUUGGGCCUCCGUCACUCUUCAACAUGGCGCCUGUCUUCGGGUACUGGGAUGUCAGAGGACUCGGUCAGCAUAUUCGGUUCCUUCUGGAGUGCGUUGGAGCAAAAUACGAGGAGAAAACUUACAAGUUUGGCCCUGCACCCGACUUCAAUAGGAAUGCCUGGUUUUCUGUCAAACCAACCAUGGACCUCCCAAUACCUAACCUGCCAUAUUACAUAGACGGUGAUGUGAAGCUGACGCAGAGUUACGCCAUCAUGCGCCAUCUGGGAAGAAAGUACGACCUCUGUGGAAAAACAGAGAAGGAGAGGAUGACAGUCGACAUGCUGAUGGACCAGGGGAGAGACAUGCGUUUCGGGUUCUACACAGCCUCUCUCAAUUACACAGAAGAAGGAGCAAAGAAAUACAUAGGUAGUCUGAAAGAGACCUUGAAAUUACUCUCGAACAUCUUGGGUAAUCAGACCUGGUUCGUGGGUGAUAAGAUCACUCUGGCGGACUUCGUCUUGUACGAGGAACUCUACGUGACCACCUUCAUGGAUCCGACCUACCUGGACUCUUUCCAGACCCUGAAGAACUUCGUCAAGCGCUUCGAGGAGCUCCCGGCCAUCAAGAAGUUCAUGUCAUCACCUCGAUAUAUUAAGUACCCUAUCAAUGGCCCCAAGGUCAAGUUUGGCCUUGUUGAAUGAAGAACACACCGAGGACAGAUCUCUCGUCAGGGACGAUAUGAGGAUUUACAGGUAACGUGAGGAAGAUUCAGUUAAAUAAAAAAAAAAGU